GCUCCGCCCGCCCGCCGGCACGAUGCCGCGCUCCUUCCUGGUCAAGAAGCAUUUCAACGCCUCCAAAAAGCCCAACUACAGCGAACUGGACACCCACACAGUGAUUGUCUCCCCGUAUCUCUAUGAGAGUUACCCCAUGCCUGUCAUCCCGCAACCAGAGAUCCUCAGCUCCGGGGCCUACAGCCCCAUUACCGUGUGGACCGCCACGGCGCCAUUCCACUCCCCACUCCCCAGCGGCCUCUCUCCUCUUUCCGGAUACCCCUCACCCCUGGGGCGUGUGAGCCCCCCUCCUCCAUCUGACACCUCGUCCAAGGACCACAGCGGCUCAGAAAGCCCCAUCAGUGAUGAAGAGGAGCGGCUGCAGCCCAAGCUCGCAGACCCCCACGCCAUCGAAGCCGAGAAGUUCCAGUGCAGCUUGUGCAGCAAGACCUACUCCACUUUUUCUGGGCUGGCCAAACACAAGCAGCUACACUGCGAUGCCCAGGCCAGGAAGUCCUUCAGCUGCAAAUACUGUGACAAGGAGUACGUGAGCCUGGGCGCCCUUAAGAUGCACAUUCGGACCCACACCUUACCUUGUGUCUGCAAGAUCUGCGGCAAAGCGUUUUCCAGACCCUGGCUGCUUCAAGGACACAUUAGAACUCACACUGGGGAGAAGCCUUUUUCUUGCCCUCACUGCAACAGAGCGUUUGCAGACAGGUCGAACCUGAGGGCUCAUCUGCAGACCCAUUCUGAUGUAAAGAAAUACCAGUGCAAAAACUGCUCCAAAACCUUCUCCAGAAUGUCUCUGCUGCACAAACAUGAGGAAUCUGGCUGCUGUGUAGCACACUGAGUGACGCAACCCAUGUUUACUCGAACAGAAUGCAUUUCUUCACUCCGACGCCAAAUGACAAGUCCAAGUCCAAAGGCAUUCUCGCUCGUGCUAACUGACCAAAUCGUAUGUAGAGACACACGCCGCAAAGCACGGAAUCCAUGCGUUCAAAGUUAAUCCUUUCCAUGUGAGGUCGAAAAUUAGUUUCUAUUUACUGACAGCUGGAUUGGGAGGAUGAAAGACAAGGACCUUUCUCUUCAACGAUGAUGCAAAAAGCACAUUGCAUCUUUUGUUGCUCAGAAAGAAUGCAAAGAUUCACAUUGCUGCCGAACCAUUUCAACUAAAGGAACAGUAUUGCUUGGUGAUAGUUUCCUAUGGGAAGAGAAUCUGCCAGACACGAUCUCAGGUGCCUUAUUAAGUAUUCCAAGUUUACUUCAUUAUAUGUCCGAUGUCUGGUCGCCAUUGUUGAACUAAAGCCUUUUUUUGAUUGCCUAUAAUGCUUUAAAGUGUAUUCUUAAGAGAGAAGAAAAGAACAAUUACAAAACACAGGAGAAUGUAUUAAAAAUAUUUUUUUGUCUUUUUUAUGCCAAUGAACAGUAUGUGCCUUGGGGGAGGAGGGAAAGACCAGCUUUGAACAUUCCGGGUGCAUGCUCCAUGCUUUACGUCUUAAAGAAUUUUAAAGAUUUUUCUAAAAUUAAUUAAAGAUGGGAAUAAGUGCAAGAGGAUUCUUAGAAAUUCAGUAAUGUACUUAAACUAUUUUAAAUGCAUAAAACAAAUGCAAUAAUACAACACCCCUUCAAGUGCCUUUUUUAAUUAACUGUAUAGUUGAUGAGUCAGUGUAAAUUUGUGUUUAUUUUUAUAUGAUUGAAUGAGUUUUGUAUGAGAGUGAGAUGUUGUCUAUAGCUCUGUCUAUACGCAACCUGAAGACUUGUGAAAUCAAAGUUUCUUUUUAAAAAAAUAAUUUUCAAGGUCGUUUUUUUACAAUAAACAUUU